GCUAUUAGAUGUGGCAUUAGUUAUAGUAACACUUGUUUAUGUAGAUGAUGAACCUGUAUCGAGUAGAGUAUUGGAAAAAACGCGGUCGACCGAGGGAGCUAUAUGCGGACGCCUCUUGUGUGGAUGCCCCGGUACCUCCGGACCUCCCGGUUCCAAAUUGUGAUUGUCAAAAGCCGGCAGAAGUGAUGCAAUCUAGGCAUCCUGACACCGCUGCACGGUGUUUCUACACAUGUGGCCAAUUCAAUGACCAUGAGAAGUGCUUCUUCUUCCAGUGGAUCGACGGCCCCGACAAGUUUGACCCACGGUUCUUGCUUUUUGCGGGUAUUUGCCACGGGAAGUUUCCACGUGAUCGCUUCAAACGUUGGGUGCCGCCACCACCAAACCCCCCACCAAUGACUUCUGAGGAGAAGGAAGUAGCUACGGCAAGACGCCUUGAUGACCCUCCUAAGUGCUUUUGUGGUGACAAAGCUAUGGUAGAGCAGACGCGAGGUCUUGAGUUUGUGUGUCCCAACAAGCAUCCAGAUUAUUCUAUGGAAAAGUGUCGUUUUAGAGAGUGGCUAUAUGGUCCGAAGUCUCAUUUGGCCGGAGGAAAAGAAGAAAAAGAAUGA